UCUCACCAUUUUUUGUGGCCCAGUCAUGGGGAAACAUCAAAAAAGCUUCCACUAUUUUUUGGCUAUUGUUGUUUGUGUGUCUGUCUCAUUUUCAAUUGCUACAGAUAUUAGAUUAACUGGAUUAGCAACUCGAUGCGCUGGAAGAGUUGAAAUCUACUACAACAGCAGCUGGAGAACAGUCUGCAGGAACAACUGGGACAUGAAUGGUGCUGAGGUGGUUUGCACACAGAUGAAAUGUGGGAAAGUACUGAAUGCCAAUCACUCUACUACUUUUGGUUUAGGAACGGAAAGUGCCUGGCUUGAAUAUGUUGCUUGCCCAGGCAAAAAAAUCCGAUUGACAAACUGUGAGUUCAAGCAAAAUGGGACACACAACUGUGGGCACAGUAAAGGUGCAGGUGUUGUCUGUUCAGAGUCACUGCAGCAGCCAAACAUCUCCAUAUUUUCUCCUGAUAGAGGGCUGGUCUGGAGUAACAAAGGUGCGGAAAUCACCACUGGUUACAGCUUUGUCAUCACCUGCUCCACUGACUCCAGCUACACCCCAGGUCGUUUCGUCCUCGUCGGUCCUGUCUCCAACAGAUCCCAUGAGGCAAUCAACCAGUCAGCCUCCUUUCACUUCCCUGCAGCUUAUUAUGAACACCAGGGCAACUACAGCUGUGUAUAUGAGGUGUCACUGUCCUCAGGAAACUUCACAUCUACUAAGUCAGGGCAAAUCCAAGUCAUCAUUACAUUGCCCUGGUUGUUGUUGAUAAUUUCUGUGGCUGCUGGGAGUGUGCUGCUACUCCUGCUGGUCUUGUUGGUGGUCUGGCUGGUCAUGAGGAGAAGAAAACGAUUCGAGCUGCCACCAGUUGUGGUCCAAACUCAGAUGAAUGACAUGAACUCUUAUAAAGAUGAUUCAGAGGAUGAGGGGGACUAUGUGAAUGUUGAGUCAGGGGACGCCACCAGACAGAUGACACCAGCAGAAACUGAGGAGGAUUCUGAUGGUCAUGAUUAUGAAGGCGUGGACAGUGAUAACAGCUGCGUUGAGGCCAAUAUUUCUGCAGUACACUACAAGAAGGAACUAGAAGACAAAGAGGAUACCAGUGAUGAUGAAAAUGACUAUGUUAACUUAGCAGAAUCAUUUUCUGAACCAUUUUUGGACAUUUAUGGAGAUGAUGUGUAUCAAAACUUUUAGGUUGCAACUAAUUCUACACAGAAUAUGAACCUGAACACAGAACUUAAACACUUCCAUAUGUAUUGAACUAUAAUAUAUUUAAGUGUGAUCAAAUAUUCUUUAA